CUCGGGCCAUGGAGCGGUUGGAGCGGUGCGGGCGGCGGCUGCGAGCUGCGCUGGCCGCCGGGCGGGUGCGCCGCCGGCUGCCCUGGCUGCUGCUCGCCGUCGUCCUCGUCGGAUCCGCCCUCAAGGAUAACGAGUUGGUGCCCGAGACGCCUAUGCAGAACAAGCACAACCCGCUCAACGUGUAUUUCGUGAAGGUGGCUUGGGCAUGGACCUUGUGGCUUCUGCUGCCCUUCAUGGCAGUCACCACCUACCAGUUUGCCAAGAGCAAGUUGCACUACGGUCCCACCAAGAGCAUUUUGCUGGUGCUGCGGCGCCUGAGCGCCCUGCUGGUGGGCACUGCCAUCUGGUACAUCUGCACUGGGCUCUUCCUCUACAUCGAGAACCUGACUGGCACAUGCUCCAUCCCGGGUGAGAGCAGCCAGCCCCACCACCCACCUGCCACCAAGCAGCAAUGCCUGCAGGCCAGCGGCGUCUGGAGCGGCUUCGACAUCUCGGGCCACUGCUUCUUGCUCUCCUACUGUGCCCUGCUGAUGGUGGAGGAGCUGGCGGUGCUGGAGGGCCUGGCCACACAGCAGAACUCCAAGCUGCAGGCUGUCAUCGAUGGCCUCCUUGUCUCCCUGUGCCUCCUCACCAUGGUCUGGGUGUUCAUGUUUCUCUGCACUGCCCUCUAUUUCCAUGACUUCAGUCAGAAGCUCCUGGGUGUGCUGAUAGGUCUGACAGCUUGGUAUGGGACAUACAGGGUUUGGUACUUGAAACCCUUUUCUCCUGGACUGCCUCUUCCACAUGUUCCACUGAGUUCUAAGAAGUACAGCUACAGCAGAUAAAACCAGUCAUGAUGGGGUUGGAGUUGGCUUUCAGCACUGGAGUAGAAUGUAGGAUGGUUACUGUGGCCCCACUGUGAGGUAUGAGGUGCUGGAGGAGCCCAAGUUGUAGUCACCACUGGCUGACAAGUGGCAGUGAACCUCUUCCUUGGGAGAGAGAAAUGACUGCUGGAAGAGAGCUUCUCUUGGUCAGGAGCUGCUGACUGCCCUGCUCAGCAAAGAACUCAGAGCUUGGAUCUGUUCCCCUUGAUAAUGACUGGAGGAGCAGAUCCAAGGCUGAUAGAGGCCUUUGCUCUGGUGUCAGAUUAAUUCCCCUUCUUUCUUUUUUGGUUUAUUUCUGACUAUCACAGGUGAUCCAAACCUGGCUUUUAAUACUCCUGUUUAUUGCCUUAUGGGGAGCUGUGACAGUGAUGGUGCUGCUGAGUAUCGUGGAAGCAUCAGCAGUGUGCAGCACUGCUGUGAGACUGCAACAGCUCAGCCUAAAUACACUAAUUUGCCACAAUGCUGCUGAGCUGCAGCAGGUACCCCUGAGGUGCAGUGUCUGAGCAAACUGACUUUAAAUCCCUGCCUGCCUUUGGAAGGGAAACUCUUGCAAACCAAGCCUUAACUUUCUCCUUAGGUGAAGUGUCUAUAGAACACUUUGGUCAUUUUAUUCUCAACAGAAACAACCAACCCCUUACAGUUUCACUAAAAGCUUUGGGGGUUGAAUUUGCUUUUAAAUCCUGAGAGUUGCAGCCUUUGCAACAGGGAGCAGCACUGUGUGGUUUGUUCUAGGAGAGCAGUGAUGUGGUACAAAGAACACAUAGCUUGAGCUGCUCUCUCCCCAGCAGCCUGAUUGGUAACGGGUGAUGCACCCUGUUUGUCCUAGCAGGGUGCUUGAAGCAAUACUUAUUCCUGCUUAGCCAGCAGUACCAAUAAGCUGCUUAAUUUGGAUUGCACAUAAAGCUGGGUGGCCACUUUGGGAGUGGCUGAAAACCCACUGCUGAGUAGAACACUACCAGUAAGUAAUGGAGAGCAGGGAGGUAGGAUGGGUUUCCUCAUCAUACCCAUCAGACAUUUAAGAUAGUUUUUAUCUCAAAAAGCCUUUUAUGAUUUCCUGGAGGCUUGUUCAUGACCCAGCUCCACAAAGCUUGUUUGGCAGUCACGGUGCAGAGUGAGGUAACCAGAAAGGGCUGUGGGCAGUGUCUGCUCCUCUGACAGCAGCCUCCACCUCCAAGGGGUUUGUUCUGCUGAGUGUGGAGGACAAUGCACCACAGCCUAAUCUCAGCACGUUUCCUUUUGUCAUCUCAACAGCUCUCUUCCAGCAAGAGAGCAGCAGCAUCUGCAAUAAAUGCAGCAGUGUUAGAUCCACACCUGUGGCCUGCCACUGAGGAGAGCUGAACCCACCUGAGUGCCUGCUGAAUUCAGCGGCCUGUGGAAGGUGUUCUGUGUCCUGGGGAAGCAGAGAUCACCUCUCUGAAUGGGGCUGUUCAGCAGGUUCUGUAUGCUCUGCUCCUCCUCUUGUUUUUGUGUUAGACUGCCUUUGGAGCUGACUCUUUAGGAAGCUUGCACUGAUUAACUCAUAUUGGGUUUAACUCAAUCUGUUUGAACAAUGCAAAUUCAUUUGCAGACUUCUUUUGAUGUACUGUAAGCCUGCUGCCCACAGAGUUAAGCUAGAACAGAAGCCACCUUCACCAUGAACAGGGAUGAAAUACCCAGAGGGCUGCCUGGUUAAUUCCAUUAUGUGUAAAUGUCUCUAUGUAAGUGGCGCCAGGCAGCACUCCUUAUUGAAACCAGCUGAUUGCUGAUGCUCAGCUCCACAGAUGUUUCGUGCAGUCACUGUGUAGAUAUCUCUCCACUCCUCACCAGUGUCAUCCAGCCCUUUGAUUGUGGGAGUCAUGUGGCAUGUGGUUAUUCUCAAAGCUGCGGUUUAAACGAUGAAAAAAAAGCUCUGGAAAACCUUA